AUGAGAGAAGUCGAAUUCGACAAAAACUUGACAAAUCUUCUAAACAAUAAAUUUCCACGUAGAAGUCCUUCCAAGAGCUCUAAAAAUGAAGAAAAAGAGGAAUUAGAAGAAGAAUUGAAACUAUCAUUUGAAGAACCAGACGAAAUCGAUGCAAGCUAUGAAUUCGAAGACGAUCAUCAAGGCAAAAAUAAAUUAGCAGAUGAGUUCGUCCCUGUGGACGAGAUUCAAACCGAAAAUGGACGACAUAUAAUUUACGAGAACAAGCUUCCCCUUGUCGACAUAAGAAAGAAGAACUCAAAACGAAAUCGAGGCAAUAAUGACGUACAGAUAUCAUUGGGACGGGGGAAUCUGAUCGAUCCACGAGAUCAAAAAGGGAAAAGCUUUCGAGAGUUGAUAAAUGGAAUCAAUGACCAGCAGCCACUUGGUCAGGACGACAUAGAAAGAAUGAUUCUGGAAAAGGGAAAAGUCGCAGAUGAUCCACCUGAUGCUUACAAGGACACAUAUCUUCCUGGGCAACAAGAACCUGUGGAAGAAGUAUUCGAAGACCCAAUGGUUGCUGCGUACAACGCGCUCACAAAAAAUGACAUUGAAGAAGAAUCUGAGAUCACUGAGUCAACUGUCAAGCAAAAACUUGUAACAGCUCCUGAGCCAGAAAGAAUAUCUAAGAAUGAGAAGAUUGCGGAUUUUAGUUAUCCUGGCGUUCUUCUUGGAAAAAAGGGGCUAAAAGCUCAGAAUAAGCUUGAUGUGGAAACAGUGGAAAAGAAAAACAUCCUUUCAUUGAUUGACCCUAAUGACAUCGUCAAUGAAUAUAUCCCGAAAGGAGAAGAAACUUCAGAUGAGAUCGAAGAAAAAGCUGACGAAAAGGAUCGAAGUAAAAAAAGUAAGCUCGGGCCAAUUAUACUUCCAGAAUCGAUAGGUUUGGAAAGGUGCAAGAUUACUGGACCAGGCGGUAAAAAAGAACUCAUCAAAGAAGAGAUGAAACAAGUUGACAUUGUUCAAAUCAAAUCUACCCCAAAAGAAGAGCCAGCAAAAAUUGAAGAAGCCGUCGAUGACCAAGCAAAGUUAGAACGACUUGAAAAGGCGAAAGGUCAAGGGAAACCUUCGGAAAUUAUUCUUGAGAAUCCAGAGCUCAGUAUUCUCAAAGAGCGUAAAAAAGAUCGAAAAGAAAAAGUCAAGCCGGCUAAUAUCACGGAAGAAAAAGUGAUAAAACAGUCGAAGGAUGAGACUCUUAUCGAAAUAACAGCUCCAGGAGCCAUUCCCAAUUUCGGUAAAAAGACAAAGCCACCGACUGAAAAGCAAAACUUUGCGUCCGUCUUUAUAUCUACAGACAAUGGUCAACCUACAGAAGUCGCCAAUGAUGCUAUGAUUAGUACUCUGAACUCUCUUGGUGUUCUUGGAUCAAAUACUCUAGAAACGAUCAAUGAUAGCGCACAAAUAGGCGUGAUCGACCCCGAUAUUAACUUAUCGGAACAACUUGGAAAAAUCGGAGUAGAAGGCGACCCGAAUGACUUGGAGAUAUUUCCUCUUGCAACGGGACCUAUUGCGGACAUUGAAAUUCACCGAACUGAUCACAUGGGAAACACAGAGGUCAAAGUUGAAACACUCAAGAGAGAUGAAAAUCCGCGGGAAAUGAAUCAGUACGAUCUUGAUGAUUAUGAAGACGAGGGCACUUCAAUCGAAAAAUCCUCCAAAAUGGAUGCCCCAGAUGUUAUAAAGGGAGAGGACUCUGGAGAACCAGCGGAAAAAUCUGUAGAAGAGGCAGAAGACGUCGAUGCUCUGCCGACAGUUUCUCCGAGAACGUUCGGAAAGCCCCUCAUUCCGGUUGAAAACAUUUCUGCUUGGGAAGACCCAGACAAAUCAAUACACGUUAAUGUCCCGAAUGAAAUUGUUAUCGAUGACCCAUUGGAACAGGAGCCCGAAGAGAGGGAUGACCUUGGACUCCCGAUCGAGGAUAAGCGGCAAACUAUCGAGAGAAUACAUCAAUCAAGCCAAAGUAGCCGAGUUCCAUCAAAUAGACAAUCAAGAGCUCCUUCUCCACCUCUAGGCGGUGAAGAAUUUAUUGAUCCAAACAAAUAUACAGGAAAACUACCUCUUAUACCCCCUACUCAAAAACCUCCAAAAAGAUCAUUCAUCUCUAUUUUGUACAGAUACUUUUUCUUUUUCAUCAAUUUAUCGUUCUUCGUUGUUGGCUGCAUUGCCAUUGGAUUCGGAAUUUUCGGGGUUAUCAAAGUAAGAUUGGACGGAUUGACCGACCCGAUCUUAAUUUGCGCCGAUCCAGCAUUUUUUUGCUUGUGUUUGGGACUUCUUGUUGUUCUUGUUUCAAUCAACGGCGCGCUUGGAUUCUUACGAUGCCAUUUGAUUAUGCUCAAUUUUUUCGCUUGGAUACUCGUCCUUCUCUUUCUCUCUUUCUUUGGUGCUGGAAUUGCUUUCUGGAUCUUGGCUGGCAAAGUGAUGAAAAUUUUCAAAUACGCAUCACUUGCUGCAGUUUUCCACUACAAUCAUGGAGAUGGAAAGGGGCCGACACGCUGGGCACUAUCAAGAAUGAUUGACUUCACUCAGAGCAGACUGCAAUGCUGCGGAAGCGACGGAUUCAAAGAUUGGACGAAGAGCGCAAUUGUAUGCGUCCCCAAAAAUUCAGAAUCUGAUAGAGAUUAUUUGCCAUCAUUACCGGAUUUUGAACCUCAGCGACAACUUCCAUCAAAUCCCUUUGAUGCCUUCGGACCGAUUCCUAAAAAACAGUCACCAACACCGCUCACUCCAGUCACAUUUCCGAGCUCUGCCCCUGUUACAACGACAUCUUUGACGUCCUCUACAAAACCUAUAGAGCUUCCCUUUACGAAACAAGCAGUGGCAACAACACGCCAAACGCUUUUUAUGCCACCUAAAACUCAACCUAUAAUGGUCAAACCAAAGCCCGAGAAAGAUGAGGUCGACAAGUUGGAAGAAGAAGACUUGAGAACUCGCUUUCAACCUGAUAAAUGCAGAAUUCCAGAAUCAUGUUGUGCUAGUGGAGGUUUCGGUGGAGGCUAUUGUGGCGUCAAUAUUAUUGAAAAGCCUUAUCUCACAGGUUGUUAUGAGCAAGUCGGAAACUUCAUUGAGAGAAAAUCAGCUGCUAUUGCCGCUAUCUGGAUAUCUUUGUGGGCAAUAAUGUUGCUUCAAAUAAUGGCCGCGAGAUUCUUGAUACGACGAACAAGACUUGAGCGAAAAUUUUUGAAAGCAUACAAUAGAGCUCGAUAUGACUGGGAACAAAAACAAGCGUCCUUUAUGGAAGAGGAGAAGGAACUCAGAUCGCGAGAAAUGGUUCUGGCACGCAAUUACCCAAUUCAACUUGAAUCGCUUCACAAAUGCCCAUCGGAAGUGCUUAAAAGCAACAAAGACGAUGAUGAUAACGACAAUUUCGAUGAUGAGCGGACUAUUCCAGUCCAUCCGUCUCAAUUCCCAUCUAUAAACGACGUCAGUCGACUUGUGAGCCAGCGGGACGAACCCAGACCUCAAUCUAUCUUGAAAAAAACGUUCCAUGAGCCGGAUUCGGAGGAUGAAGUCGGAAUAAAUUACAAUUUACGGCCCUUGGAGUAA